AUGAGCAAAGAACACGAUAUCUGUAGCUACAAAGCGCGCCGCACGUUUCUUGGUAAAGAGUUUGAGAUUCAAUUGUUUGAAGUGGAUGGCGCUGGCAUCACCGCCGUGGCCAUUCAGAUCUCACAAGAACAGGAUUCACCACAAAACUUCUCGCGAGCAUUUUCACGUGCUGAGUUGGAAAAAGCUGGCAUUAAUCGAACUUCAAAGGCUUAUGUUGCUCUCGUUGAUUCCCUUGAGCUGGUUGAAGAUGUAUACUUUACAGGCAAUGACGCAAUAAGCUCGGGACAGAACAUGCUCACUGCGUACCGGUUAUCAUCUAAGCUCCCUGGUAUCAGUUCUCCUCUACCCAUUGUAUCCCACCAUGCAGCUUUAUCGUACUUUGCACGAGCCCCUGUGGGGUUCAGUGCGCGGAAUACCAGCCAAGAAGUGGAAGAGGACAACCUGUUAGUAAACGUGAUAGUGAAAGGAUUGACUGAGUUGUGUCGUGAGAAACCAUCCGGACUAAAUGCUCUUAGAUGGCUCGGAAAUUGGUUUCUCGAACACAAUCCAGCGCAACCACUGGUAAACGCGGACGAUUGA